AUGAAAAUCCGACGUGUUCAGAGAUUACGACGCUCUUCUGUCGAAAGCGAAGACGCCGAUUCGAUGAGCCACGUCGUGAACGGGGCCGAGCUGGGGUGUCUGGAUCCGUUUGUGAAGUUUGAGGAAUUCACCAUCAGAAAACCGGGCGUCAUUUCAGAGCAUCCGCACAGAGGCGUGGAGACGGUGACGUACAUCUGGGAGGGGGCGACUGAGGACGAGGACUGCUUUGGAAACAUAGGACGGUUGGAGCCUGGAGAUGUGCAGUGGGUGACGGCGGGUCGAGGCCUGGUCCACGCCCGGGUGCCCACCUCAGACGAGCCGGUGUGGGGGCUGCAGAUUUGGUUAAACCUCCCCGGGGAAAACAAGAUGGCCGCCCCCGUGUACCAGGAGAUCCGAGCGUCGGAGAUCUCCAGGUUUGAGCGUGACGGAGCGAGCGUAGCGGUCAUUCACGGAGGAGACGCCCUGGGCUACGGAAGUGGACCACAGUCGUUUACAUUUUAUCAGGGACACUUCAAGUUGGUGAGUAAAGCUUUUUUUUGUCCCUUUAGCCACACAUUUACACCACAGACUCAGGUGGCGCCACACACGGCAGUGCUGUUCUGUGAUGGAGACUGUGUAAAAGUACAAAAUCAGGGCGCUGAAGUUUGUCGUUUUGUGCUGGUGGCCUCAGAGCCGACUGGAGAGCCCAUCGUACACAAAGGUCAGUUUGUGAUGACGACAGAAGAGGAGAUCGCUCAGGCCAUUGAGGACUAUGAGAACUGCACCAACGGGUUUGAAAAGGCCUUGAACUGGAAAUCAAAAAUGUGCGAACGUGUCAGAAAAGGAAACACAAAAUACAAUGAUCAAACUACAGAGUCAGAAUCAUAG